AUGGAGGAUGACAGAUUGAACCUGAGACUGUUUCACAUUAAAGGGAAAUUUCUGCUGAGUCAGCAUUUGUUGUCUCAUUUGUCUCCUCUUGCAGGUGUGGGCGGAGCCUCAGAGCUGUCCUUCCUCACAGAGCCCAGUGAUGUCAUUGCAGUGAGGGACCGCCCCCUGAUGCUUGACUGUCAGGUUGAAGGGGAGGCGCCUAUCUCCAUCACCUGGAGGCGGAAUGGUGUUCCCGUGGCGACUGGAACGAGGGCAGCGUUGCUCGGUAACGGAACUCUGCUCAUUCGAAAGUUCUCCAAGAGACGAGAGACUAACGAGACGGACGCUGGCGAGUACGACUGCGCCGCACAGAACCGCUACGGCCUGAUCAUCAGCCGCAAGGCCCGCGUCCAGCUGGCAUCUCUGCCCAAGUUCAUGUCCCACCCACAGUCUGUUGCUGUGGAUGAAGGGGGUGUGGCCAGACUCACCUGCCAGGUAAACGGAAUCCCAGAGGCAAACAUCACAUGGCAGAGAGACCAACACCCACUUUCCACAGACAACCCCAGGUUGACGCUGCUUCCUAACGGCGUCCUGCAGAUCAGCAGCGUUCAGAGAACAGACGCUGGUUUGUUUCGCUGCAUCGCCUCAAACAUCGCAAACACUCGAUUUAGCAACGAGGCACAGCUGUCCGUCACUGUUGCAGGGUCCAGAUACCAGGAGCCCACCAUCCUGUCUGGACCUCAGAACCUCACAAUCACCGUCCACCAGACGGCCAUCUUGGAGUGCAUCGCGACAGGAAAUCCCCGCCCCAUCGUUUCCUGGAGUCGCCUUGACGGACGUUCCAUCGGAGUGGAGGGGGUCCAGGUUCUGGGGACAGGAAACCUGAUGAUCUCUGACGCGUCUCUGCAACAUUCAGGAGUUUACGUUUGUUCAGCGAACAGACCGGGCAGCCGAGCGAGGAGGACGGCACUCGGACGACUCGUCGUACAAGCUCCUCCAGAGUUCGUGCAGUGGCCUCAGUCUGUCUCCAGAGCAGCAGGGGGCAGUGCAGUCUUCAGUUGUACAGCAGCAGGUGUCCCUGAACCUCACCUCAUCUGGCUGAAGAACGGGAAACUGCUGACGCCAAGCGGCAACGUCAAACUCACCAACGGCAACACGACACUGGCCGUCACCCGCAUCACGGCCGAGGAUGAGGCCAUCUACCAGUGCAUCGCAGAGAACGGCGCCGGCACCAACCAGGCCAGCGCCCGCCUCGCCAUCACUGAGGGGGCGGAGCUACCCCAGGCCCCCGCCGGCGUCAGGGCCACGCCCCUCAGCUCCAGCAGCCUGCGGGUGACCUGGGACACGCCCACAGAGCACGGAGGCCAGAACGUCAUCGGAUAUGUCCUGCACAUACGGAGACUGGGUGAGAUGGACAGUGCUGAGGUCCAGGAGGCCGUCAGUAAAAACACGUUCACUCACGACUUCAACGACCUUGAAGCAGCGACGACCUUCACCGUCUUCCUGAAGGCGUACUCAGCCCAGGGAGGAAGUCGCCGCUCUACCGCCGUCAUUGCCACCACCAUGGGAGGAGUCCCGCCUCCUCCCACCUUCUUCACUAAGGUUCUGAACCAGACUGCGUUGCAGGUUUACUGGGAACUCGCCAGUAAACCUGGACAGCUGGAAGGAUUCAGACUGGAAUACCGCGGGGUUUCUACUCCUGACAUUCAGGGACAGGAAGUCUUCCCAGGACACAUCAACACACACACCGUCUCCCACCUGGAGCCUGCAGCCGUGUAUGAGAUCCAGCUGGUGGCGUUUAACGGAAACGGAGACAGUCUGUCCAACCGUCGCUUGGUUUCUCUGGAAGACGGAGGAAACACCGCAGCAGCUGGGGUCAGCUGUAACUGUGACCAGUCACGUGACUCCAUGUCCACUCUUCUGAUCGUCGUUCACAGCAGCUUCGCUUGUGUCCUCUGCUGUCUGCUCUUCAUCCUGCUGGUCCACAGACGCAGAAAGUUGGCAAGCUGGGAGACUCCGCCCACACUGAAAGGUGUCAGAGGUUCUAAAGGUCAAACACCUGAGAGCAUUGAGCUCAGCCAGAGAUGUGACUCCACCCCUCCUCCAGUGAUGGUCAUGGUUGAUCCAACUUCACCUGUCCGAUCAGGCACUGGAUAAAACAACAGAACUCCGUCCAGGUCACAUGGUCCCAUUGUCACAGGACUGCCUGUGGUUUCUGUGUGAUGUCACAUGAUGAUGUCACCAUCAUGGCGUCCUGGACGUUUCCUGUUGAAAACAAAACCUUUUUCUUCAUUUUGAGCUCAUUUGACGUUCUUCACCGUCUGUGCCAAGUUCCCUGGACAACGAGGCCUUCUGCUGGUCUGACCAGAGACCAGGUCCUCUACGCUGCUUUAGCCUCUCACUGAGGUCACCUCAGGUCAGAGUGUAGAGGGCAGUGACAGUCAGCUGGAUGCCCCGCCCCCUCCCCUCUGCCAAAGUGAGCUACCUCAGGCUUCACUCGCCGUCACCUCCAGCUGUUGACCCCUGACCUGCUGCUGACCCCUGACCCGCUGCUGACCUCUGACCUGCUGAUGACCCUGACCUGCUGCUGACCUCUGACCUGCUGUUUACCCCUGACCCGCUGCUGACCUCUGACCUGCUGAUGACCCCUGACCUGCUCAUGACCCCUGACCUGCUCAUGACCCCUGACCUGCUGAUGACCCCUGACCUGCUCAUGACCCCUGACCUGCUGAUGACCCCUGACCUGCUGAUGACCCCUGACCUGAAACCAAAAGGCUCCUUGAGGCCACACCACCAUUUUUUCUACUUUUUUAUGCCAAUGCUUAUGUAAUGAGACCCCUCACUCUGACUCCGCCCUCACCCUGGCCCCGCCCCCAGGCUCAGCUCUGGGUUCGUGUUUGACUGACACUUCCUUUAACCAGGUCUUGAAGGACGGACUCGUUUUCAGUCUGUUGGACAGUUUGAGAACAAAGGAGGAGGAGUUUGUCUCUGCUGGUCGUCAGGAGACGAUGUAUUUGGAUAUGUGUCCUUUAAUGGUGAUGAAUGAAUUUUUUUCCCACGUCUGCCUUUAGAAUUUUAGCCAAAUGUAAAGAUUUAAACAUUUAAAAAUGUAAAAACGAGCUGCAAAACGUCCAAAGAUGAAGUUCAAAGGUCAAAGAUGAAUGCGUUCAAAACCAAAACUUUUUGUAUUUCAAACCAAUAUUUACCGUAUUUCUUCUAACGAGAAUAAUAAUUGUUUUUAAAUAAAUAUGAAGAAGCACAGAGACCAGAGGUCAAAGGUCACUGUGUUGCAUUCUUUUUCUAGAACUUUAUUCUUUCAGUUCGGUUAACAAAUGAUUGGUUUAUUAUCGGUGAAAAU